AUGCUGCGCCAGUGGCCAAACAUUGCUGUCACCAGCUUGGGCGAUGUGCUCAACUGGUGGGAUGUUCCAAGCCACGUGUUUUCGGUCUACCUGGUCUCGACGUUCUGGACAACUAUCUACACGGUCGAAGACGGCUUCCAGAACACGCGGGACAGCGCCAAUCACUUGUUUUGGCUGGGCGUCGGGACUGUCCUGAAAGGCUCCGCUGUCGCACACAGGCUGCAGACUACGAGCACGGUCGGCCACCUGCUCAUCCCGAUCCGGGAUGUCUUCCGGGACUCUUUCAUAACGGCCAUGCUUGUAGUCCUCGUCGUUGUCGUGUUUGUCUUCAUGGCGUUCGUGUACAUCGCUUGGAAGGGGGCCGCGGCAAGCGAGGCCAAGGCGGCAAUAGUGGACACUUGGGUCAACCUCGUGAUCGGAGAGCCGGUGAUGCUCACGGGGGGCGACCCCGAUGAAUUCGAGCGCCCUUGGUCGCAGUAUGUGCUCGUGAGCGUCACUCACCUAGCAUUCACCAUAGCGCUGCUGAACGUGCUGAUGGCGAUCACGAUGGAGACCUACCGCGGGAUGGGCCUGAAGGCGCACAGCAGGUUCCUGCGAGCGCGGGCCGAGCUCUGCCGCAUCACGCUGUGGAAACGCAGGGUGCUGCUGACCGUCUUCUGCAACUGGCUCAACCUGAGCGUGGGCAGGGCCCUGCACGCGCUGUUUGCCUGCCUGGUGGUCUCCUCCGCCGUGCUCCUGAUGACGAGCGUGCGGCUGGUGGUCGGCCUCCUGCUCUGUGGCGGCGGAGCGGAGGUGCUCCUGACGCUGCUGGUGCUGGUCGCCGACACCCCCGUCAAGCCGAGCGGGCGCGUCCAGGACAAGUGGUGGAUCGAGCAGCACUACCUCUGGGUGUGCACGCCCCGCGAGGAGGACGCCGCGCAGGAGGAGGCCGCGCGCGCCCUGCAGCAGCUCUGCCAGGGCGACGCCGCGGAGGCGCUCGCCCGGCUG